UCAUUUCCUAGUUGUUUCGUGGGUCAACAUUUGUUGACUUAUGUUCUGUUUGGUUUGUUUGUUCUUAUUCUUGUCUGAAACUUAACCCCAAAAAAAAAAAAAGAACAGAAGAUCUUGUUCAUUCUUGUCUGAACACAUUUACAACUGCCCCCAAUAAGUUAUAAACUACUCGUGAGUCCCUGUCUACCUUUUGAUCUUCAUCUCCCUAUCAAACCCAUCUCUGAUUUCCUUUACCUUCACUCUAUUCUACAAUAAUACUCUGCAACUCUAGCUCACUGAGCUCAGAUUUUGUUUUUUCUAGAGAGUUGGGUUUUGGAGCAAAGUGUGAAAACACUGGUAUGUUUGGUCUUUAGAGGAUCAGAUUUCAGCUUUAUACUUCUUCUUGGCAUGGAACUGAAGAAGGAAAAGCUAGUCAGGUUUUAUUCUGAUGGGAAAAAAAAUAACGAGUCUUCAUGGGGAUUGGGAAGAACUGAACCAUCACAGCUAGAAAGGUCAUCAUCUGCAUAUAAGGUUCCACCAUCUUCAUUGCUAAAACCUGAUAAUGGGAUGGUCGGGGGAAGAAAUAGAUAUAAUGAAACUUUCAGAAAUGGGAAUUUUAAGGUGUUCCCAGAGGAUCACGAGCCGUGGCGUAAGAGAAUUCUUGAUCCGGGUAGCAAGAUUGUGCUGCAAUGGAACCGGGUUUUCAUUUUUUCAUGCUUAGUGGCGCUUUUUGUUGAUCCAUUAUAUUUUUUCUUGCCCUCUCUUGGAGGAAAUACUGACUCUUCAUGCGUUAAGACAGACUUCCAUUUGCGAAUUAUCGUGACCUGUUUCCGAACCGUUGCAGAUAUAUUUUAUUUGUUGCAUGUGAUUAUAAAAUUCAGGACUGCUUAUGUUGCACCUAGCUCCCGAGUGUUUGGGAGGGGUGAACUUGUCAUGGAUCCAAAGAAGAUUGCACGGAGGCAGGGCAGCCCUGUGCUGGAUGAGGCAUUGGGGAUUGACAAGGCUGCGCAGCCUAAAAAGAGCAUGAUUGUUGUUUCUGAGUUCAUUGGGUGCUCGCCUUCUCUUAGUGGGGCGAUUCGUGUCAAUCCAUGGAAUAUUGAUGAUCUUUGUUCUGGCAUGUAUCACGGAAUCACGGCCAAGGAUACAGAGAAGGAAUUGCGCCAUGAGAAGCACUGUAAGUACAUUAGCACUCAUGAUGUUUCCUAUUGGGCCAAGAGUUUUGAUCAUGACCUUGUGAGAGCUUGUAAAUUGCAUGAUGACUUGAGGUUUUGGUCCAUGGGGAUGGGCCUUAGAUUCAGGGUUGUGGCUCUGAGUAAAAAUUUUAAGAAACUUAGUAUGGAUCAUGCCGUAUGGACUUAUAGCGGAAUGAAUAACCGAUUGAUCCUUUUGGACUAUGAUGGCACUGUGAUUCCAGAAAAUUCUGCGGACAAGACUCCUAGUAGCAAAGUUAUUUCUGUCUUGAAUUCUUUAUGUAGUGAUCCCAAAAACAUUGUUUUCAUCGUGAGUGGCAGAGGAAGAGAUAAUCUUAGCAAGUGGUUUUCUCCAUGUGAGAAAUUGGGUAUUUCAGCAGAACAUGGUUACUUUACUAGGUGGACUAAGGAUUCUUCUUGGGAGACUUGCAACUUAACAAUGAGCUUUGAUUGGAAAAGUAUGGUAUUACCUGUGAUGGAGCAUUAUACAGAGGAAACUGACGGGUCUUUCAUAGAGCAGAAAGAGAGUGCAUUGGUGUGGCACCAUGAACAUGCUGAUGUUCUAUUUGGCUCAUUCCAGGCUAAGGAUCUUCUCCACCACCUUGAGAAUGUACUUUCUAAUGAGCCUGUAGUUGUUAAAAGAGGGCGCGGUAUAGUUGAAGUGAAACCACAGGGCAUUAGCAAAGGGACAGCUGUGGAAAACAUUAUCUCAACCAUGAUAAGUCAGGGGAAGGAGCCAGAUUUUGUGCUGUGCAUAGGGGAUGACUACUCAGAUGAAGUUAUGUUUGAAACCAUUGCAGCUAAGGUUCCCAACCAGUUGCCAGCCACAGCAAAAGUCUUUCCCUGCAGUGUUGGUAUGAAACCAAGCAAGGCAAAAUACUUUCUUGAUGAUACUGAUGAAGUCAUCAAGUUGAGGCCUUACCAAUCCAGGAAGGUUAGGUGAUCUCAAGAAAUUGUUGACAUGACGGAGGAAUGACUGAUUUGGUAAGGGGAAAAUUACAUGUAUGUAUUCAGUUUGCGUCAGAACCCAGAAAAAAGUGGGCCUUCGGUUUAGAAUCAUGUUCUUCUGGGAUCUUACCACUCUUGGAGGGUCAGAUUUUAAUUUAGAACUAAUGAUACAGCAAACCUUGUAUAGAAAACAGUUACCUCUGACAGGCCCAUUUGAAAAGGCAAUACAUAGGAAUUUACUGAAUAGCUUGUUCAUGUUAGAAUAUUAGAAUUUGCAAAUUGGAUUAUUCAUGUUAAAGAUUUUCAAACUAGCUUACUCGUGUUCUUUUCAUAA